AUGGAGGACCGCAAAAAGUUCAAUUUGAAGUUGUCAUCUUUGUCUUUGCGACGGAAAAGCAAGUCAAAUGGCAACGACAGCGAGCUUGUCAACAUUUUGCCAUCCUACCAAAUGUACCGUUCAACUAUAUCUAAGCAAUUGAUCCCAAGCAGAGAAGAUCUCCGGACUCAGCCUCCUAGUUAUGAACUUUCACCUAUUUCAUCUGCCCUGUCAUACAACGAGUAUGGUGGUUUCGACGGCAUCCCAAGCACCUAUUCUUUGCCCACCUCGCCAGUACGAGAGCUAUUCGCAAACCCUUUAGAUCUUGAAGGAGAGUCCAACGAAACAAUUUUGGAAAAUGCACACAAGUUAAAAAGAAUAUCUGCCUCCAAUAAAGAAAUAUCGAAGGCUCUUCAUAUUCAUAUCUUUAUGACUGAAACCGUUGGCAAAGUUGGAGUCAAACCGAAGAUUAUAGAUCCAUUAUCGAUUGAGAUAAAGCAGGGAGACUAUUUGUAUGGGUUUGUGUUAGUUACUAACAAGACAAAAUAUGACGUGCCGUUCGAUAUGUUUUCUACCGUCUUAGAAGGAUGUGCUACAUUUGGAAGUAAUGGUAACUUGCAAAGCUCUGUAGUCCGCCCUCCUACUACAGUGGUCCGGUUUCUUACCAUGUUUGAUUUCAAUGCGUCCUGGAAUGAUGCAGCCCUAGAUAGACUUGUUUCCGACAAUAAUAACCCCAUGGUGCCCACUAUUAUUAUAGACCCUAUAGAUGGAACUCACGUCCAGCUCGACCCAAGAAAGAUACUCGAACCCAAUAUUACCUAUAAGAAGUUCUUUGCAUUCAAAGUGCCAGAAAAGUUACUAGAUGUCACAUGUGAACAUGGAUUUGUUAAGCAUCUCCAGAUUCCUCCCACUUUAGGAAUAUCCAAGAACGAAGUCAUCACAUCAUUGCGUCAGAAAUAUAAAGAAUCAGAUUUGGAACUGUCUUUGUCGGAGGAAGACGCUCACCGAGGGAAAUGUUACGCUUCCUUGACUAACGACAUGUUCUUUUCAAGUGCCUCUAUUGAUUUUAGUGUUAGUGCAAGAAUUAUUGGACGUGCUUCGGACUAUGAAUCAAUUUUUGUAAAAUCUUUAGGAAAACAAGGUGAUGAUGAGUACGUGGUUGCAAACGAAGACUAUUGCUAUCUACGUGUUAUUCCAGUGACUACAAACUCUUUUGAGUUGAACAGAUCAAUGAUAAAUGAAGAAGCAAAACUACUUUCUGCUAGCAUGGAGCAAAAUAUCAAGGAGAAGAUUUCAUUGGCCCGCGAAUUAUCCGCAAUUCCAGUAGAUGAAAGAAGCAAUACUACUUCACCAGAUAACCAACUACAUCCAACAGAUAGUGCAGCAGAUGUUGCUAAGAUGCAACAAUCGUACUAUUCUAAGGUUCGAGCUCGUCACGUACAUAGAAGUAGAGAUGAUUUGUAUGAGGUUCUUUUCCCAUUUAAGAGGAGAAAUGUCUUUGGCACAUCCAAGGUGUUGGGCAUGUGCGGGUUAACAACGCCAAAGUCAGAAUAUCAUGUGGACUAUCAUCCUUUGCCGCGAUACCUUCGUGGCAAGGCUCCACCUACUACAACCGUUUCAAUUCCCAUGGAACUAACGUUUUUACCUGCCGAAAACGGCAGCCGCGACUUGCCUGGAUUCAAAAGAAUAUCAGUUGAGUUGAUUGCAUUAACUGUGAAAUCAAAAAAAUUGCCAAUACCACUUGUGAUUCACCCGGAAAUGAUGUUUGAGAAUAAAGGAAAAUCUGUUGACAACUUUGAUACUGUAACAUUGAGGACAUACCAAAAGUAUGCCUUAGAGUUAUCCAAGUUGAUUAAGGACGUUGGUGUAGAGUCCUUAAAUCUUGAGAAGCAGAUGCUUCGGGACUUGAAAUGUAUGGCUAACCUCUCGACAAAAUAUGAUCAUUUUAAGAUUGACAAGAUGAAACUCCAAUCUGAUGUUUCUUCUACUCCUGUGCAAUUGCUUAGUUCAAUUCCUUGGGAACAGGAAGCUGUGGCAGGUGCUGGAUCAACUGCCCCUCACGACGAAGUUAAGUUCACCAAGAAAUUCAAUAUUAAUAUCGACCUUAGUUCAGCUAUUCAUUUGCCUUCCAUGUCCAGUGAUUUUUGUCUUGUUCCAGAUUUCCAAACAUGUUACGUUGCCAGGCUAUACUAUUUAAAUAUAGGUUUGAGAACACCAAACGGAGAGAAAUUUCAUGUGAAGGUUCCCCUAAUUCUCCAACGUCAAAAACAAGUAUGA